UUUUCAUUUCCGUUUGUGUUUCAAUUGCUUUGUCGUAGUAGAAACUGCUUGCAACUUGUGAAAAUGUUGCUAAGUACGAGUCUCAAAUGAAUGCAGAACUAAAGCGAUACAGUGUUUUAAUUUCCCCAUCGAUACUUUAGAGUGAUGUUUUAAUAAUUUUUUUCCCGGUCAGUUUUUCUCUUUUUCAUUUUGUUUGCUCCUGAAAAAACGUUCCGCUUUAGCAUGUUGUCCCGAGGAUGGAGUGAAUGCACAGCAAUGGACGAGACGUUGCUCUGAGCCGUUUGCGUGCUGAAGAAACGUUAAAGUUAUUGAAAGCUUUUUUUGUUCUGUAAACCACUAACUCGUGAAAACAGCUCGUCGUUGAAUGUAUUUCGGGUUUAAUAAUUGUGUGUCAACAAAUGAAAACCUUGUUGACAGCAAAUAACGGUGUUUAGACGUUUACGUUUGAGCUGAGUUCAAUGCACGCUGGUUAACAUUAAGUUACAUCAUACUGGUGUCAACAUGUCAGAGUCUACUGACAGUCGUACCAAAACAUUAAAUUUUAACGUCGGUGUGCUCGGACAUGUCGACAGUGGGAAGACAUCGCUUGCCAGGGCGCUUAGCAGCACCGCGUCCACGGCUGCCUUCGACAAGAACCCGCAAUCCCGUGAGAGGGGCAUCACGCUGGACCUCGGCUUCUCCUCCUUCACGGUGGAUCUUCCUGAUCACCUGCGGGACAGCGGAGGCCAGCAGCAGUACGACAGCCUGCAGUUCACCCUGGUGGAUUGUCCGGGACACGCCUCUCUUAUUCGGACUAUCAUUGGGGGUGCCCAAAUCAUUGACCUGAUGAUGCUGGUGGUGGAUGUGGUGAAAGGGGUGCAGACUCAGACGGCAGAGUGUCUGCUGAUAGGAGAGCUUACUUGCUCUUGUAUGGUGGUCGUCCUGAACAAAGUUGACCUACUGCCACCUAACAAGAGACAGAGUGCCAUUGAGAAAAUGACCAAGAGACUGCACAAAACUCUGGAGAGCACCAGAUUUAAGGAAUGUCCAGUGAUUGCUGUUGCAGCAAAGCCUGGAGGCCCAGAGGCACCUGACACAGAGGAGCCACAUGGAGUGCCAGAGUUAAUAGAGCUUUUGAAGAAGCAGACAUACCUCCCUAAGAGAGACCCCAGAGGUGACCUCCUGAUGGCUGUAGACCAUUGCUUUUCCAUCCGUGGUCAGGGAACUGUCAUGACUGGAACCAUGCUGCAGGGGUCGCUGGCUAUCAACGACACUGUGGAAAUCCCAGCACUACAGGUGACCAAGAAGAUAAAGUCUGUGCAGAUGUUUCGAAAGCCAGUGUCAGGGGCCAUGCAGGGGGAUCGUGUGGGUGUGUGUGUGACACAAUUUGACCCUAAACUGUUAGAGCGGGGUGUGGUUUGCACCCCAGGGUCCCUGCGCAACCUCUAUGCAGCUGUCAUCUCUGUGAGGAAGAUAGGCUACUUCAAGGGCUCUCUUGCCACCCGUGCCAAGUUCCACAUCACCAUGGGUCAUGAGACAAUCAUGGCAAGGGUUGCCUUCUUUGGCCUGCCACCUGUGGGUGCCUCAGAGCCCCCCUCAGACACUACACCACCUACAUCACAGCCCUGCUCACUGGAUACACCCUUCACCUUUGAGAGGGAGUACUUCUACCAGGAUGAAUAUGUCACCGGUCAGAGAGAGGCAAGUCCAGGACCUGACCCCGAGCAAUGGGCCUUGUUAGAGUUUGAGCGGCCAGUCACAUGCCCCUCACUCUGCCUGGUGAUUGGUUCUAAGCUGGACACAGACAUCCACGCUAAUGCAUGCCGGUUGGCCUUCCAUGGCCGUCUGCUUCAUGGGUUUGAAGAUAAAGGCUACGCUGAGACUGCUCUGCCUCGUCUGCACAUCUACAAGACCAAACACAAGGAGGGCCAGGUGGAAAGGGUGACUGACGAUUACACUGUGAUUGGCCGCAACCUGUUCAAGAAGGAGACCAACCUCCAGCUCUUUGUGGGGUUGAAGGUCACACUGUCAACAGGCGAGAGUGGCGUUAUCGAAGGUGGGUUUGGACAGAGCGGGAAGUUCAAGAUCCGAGUACAAGAGGGUCUUUGCCCAGAAACCAAGCAGUUGUUAACCUCCACCUCUAAGAAGAAAGUGAAGGGUGGAAGCAAAGGCGAACCAGCACAUGAAGAGGAACCUAAAACACAUUCUCAGCCCGUUAGCAUUCAUUUGCAUUUCAAGCGGUAUGUCUUUGAUCCCCAUAAAAAGAUGGUUCAGUCUUGACCUUUGUUGCAUACACAUCAGCCUGUCACAGUCCUUCAAACAGGCAGAGGGCAGUUUCACAGGUCAUGUUGAGGUGAGGGAACACAGCCUCUGAUGGAGACAGUCUGCUGAAAUGCAAUGACUGUGGAAUGCUGAACACAUAUAAAACAAUGAUUUUUUUUUCCUGCCUUUAUGGAUAUGGACUGGAUUCAGAUUGCACCAUUACAAGGGUGGAAGCCACUCUUUUGUUCUUAAUGCAUUUGAGUUGUCUUAAAAAAAAAAACAGUACCUGUUGUUCUUUUCUUUCAUUAUGCUUCUAAUUCAGCUGAGCCUUGAUUGGCGAAAACACAUUAACUGGCAUUUACGUUUCUGGUUUUAUUGGCUGUGUGAUUUCAAAAUUAUUUUUUUGACAUUUGCAUUUAAUUUUACUUUAAUGACAGUUUGUAGAGCUGCAUUUUUACCAAGAAUACCAGUUAUUCCAGGGACUGUUUGAGAUUAUUUGAAUAAUGAUCUUUAUAGAAAGACAAAUAAAGCUUAAUCUAUGCUGAAACUUUA